UCAAUCUCAUUCCCUUCCACGCCCACGCCACAGGUUGAGUGUCACACAUGACCCAGGUUCUGAAACGGUCAAUCCCAAUCAAUCCAGUCUUCCCCUCUUUCCUUCAACCCAACUCCUACAAAAUCCAACCUCAUAAUUCCCAGAAUUUUCAUUUCAUUUCAUUUCGUAUCACACUCGCUUUAACCCACAUUGCACCCCACCAAAAUGGAUUUCUGGAGCAAAGCAAGGAGUUUCGCAGAAGAAGCUGCUAAAAGAUCCCAAGAACUAACCAUUGAAGCUGCUAAACGAUCUCAAGAACUCACUUCCACCAUUGGUGGCACCUCUCGGAUCGCCGACAUUGUCUCCGAAACCGCUAAACGCUCUAAAGAGUUGGCUGCUGAAGCCUCCAAUCACAUCAAGGCCGAAGCCCUCAAACGCGCUGAUCAGAUCAAGUCUCUCUCUCUCCUUGACCCUUCUAAUCCCCUUGCUGAUUCUUUUCAGAAACAGGAGGUUUCGCCUGAAGAGCUUGAGAAGUUUGGGAUUACCGAUGAAUUGAGGGAAUUUGUUAAGGAGAUUACUCUCAAUACUUUCCAGGAUUUCCCACUUCCUGAUGAUGCUCCAGUGUCUGAUGUUCCAACAGUCUCAAAUGUGCGGCAGGAUCUUACAGAGUGGCAGGCUAAACAUGCCACUCUUAUGUUGUCGACAGUAAAGGAAAUCUCUAAGCUACGGUAUGAGCUUUGCCCCCGUGUCAUGAAAGAGAGGAAGUUCUGGAGAAUCUAUUUCAUGCUUGUCAACAGCCAUAUAUCUCCGUAUGAGAAAAGAUAUGAUGAGGAGGUAAAAUUAAAAGCUGCAGAACAAGAGAAAGCUGAAGCAGAGAAAGAAAAGGAAAUUGUUGCAAGUGUUGCUGAGUCUAAAACAGAUGUAGCAGAACCCACACGGCCACUCAAGACAUCAACGUCAUCGGCAGAGCAAGAUUUAGAUGUCUUUCUUCUGGGAGACCUUGGAGAUAGCGAUGAUGGACCAGAUGUUGGAGAUGAUGAUGGCUUUGAUGAUGACUUUGACAAGAUUGGUGACAGUUCAGAAGAUGAAUGUGCCAAAGAUUCUAAAAAGUGAUAGUUACUUUGCAAUGGCGUUAAAAAGCCUGAGAGGGGAUUCCUUUCUUAGAAAAGAUGGCUACUUGGAUUGGCAACAAAGAGGGGAACUCCAAAGUUAUGUCAGAAGCAAUUUUUUCUGUGAAAUUCUUAUUUUUCCUGCCUCCAUUACUUUUCAUUCUUACAGUAAUAUAAGUUCUUUUUUACCGUUGAUGUUUCUGAUGUCUUCUCUCUGUAUUUUCUGGGUGUAUAGGAUCUAAUUGUUCCUUGUACAAGGUUCAUAGAGCUCCAUCUGUGGGGUGUCUAUUUUUCCUUUUCUUUUUCAUAUUAAUGAGUAGGUAUAUUUCCUUUUUGGUUCUGGUCCAUAGGCACCUCUAUUCCUUUGAUGCUUUGUUGUGGAACUUUUUGGGUACAUGUUAUUUUCUUGUAAAUAGACUAUGUUGUUAGGUUGCUGAUGCUGUUAUAAAAGUAGUGUAACUUCUUUAUCAAUUUUAUUGUGGCAUUUAAAUUUAGGGACUACAUGACUACAUCCGAAA